AGGCCUAGCGGUUUAUUUAAACAUCUGGAAGGUGCGUUCAAUCUUUUUCUAGGAUAAAAUGGUUAUUUAACAGUAUUACUCAAUUAUUUACAUGUUUGAGCAACAUGUUGUAAGCAGAACCAAAAAAAAAAAAAAUGCAUGUUAUUUAUUGUAGUUUUCAUGUUGUAUUAUUUAAUGCUUUACAUGUACUGAAUCAUGAACCAUGUGAAACAACUUUCACAACUUUUUUGGGAUGUAUGCAUGAUAUAUUUAGUACUCAGUGUUGUUCGGUUACUAGUAACAGCUGAUGACUCCAAUGUGUUUUUUUUUUAAAUAAAUUUCUACAGAGUUAAGUGUCACGAAGUACUGUAUAUAAAAAAAAUCUGCUGCAAAAUGUGAUGCAUUGUAAUUACAUGCAUUACAUCUUAAACUAAGCGGUUAACAUCAAAAUGGUUUUUGCCACAACCCAACCAUUUAUGAGUUUAAAUCUUUUUGAGGCUUAAGUUCUGAGCUUUUAUUAUAACUUAAUGAGUUGAAUGAGUAACUUUAAAUGACGUUAAUUAAUAGUCUGCUGUGGCAGGCUAUAGAGUUGCAUAACUGUGGCAGACUAGGGCGUUUCAUGAUCUUAUGUAAAUUUACUGAUACGGGCUCUAAAAUGACAGAAGGGAAGAAAACAGAAGAAUGCUUGAAUUUUCCUAGAAACAAAUAAUUACUUGAAGUUCGGCUCAUUUCCGAGAAUCGGUUCUUUCGAACAGUUCAAUUCGAAUGUCAUGAUGCAGUAAUACCCUGACAUCGCGGUGUGCAAAUUUACUUAAAAUGCAUCAUAUGUGGCCGCGUAUUUAACGUUUACUACAUUUUAAUAACGUUAUUCGUUCAGUGAGUUAGUUGUGAGUAGACUCGAUAACGGCUCCGACUGACUCGUUCUGACUAUUUAGUGAACAAGUUCAGCCGAUUCAUUAAAAAGACCCCACACAAAGGAACGGUUUAUUCACCGUUAAUCCAGUCAGUACUUUUCCAGUGAGUGCUGAAGUUUGGCUCGAGUCCCUUUGCUUUUGUCUCAUUCAUGCGUCAUCUGUCACGACGGUUAAAAUGGGGCUUUGAGAAGAAAAAAAAAAAAAAAAAGGGGGACUCAGUGGGACUCAUUGACUGUUGUGCACACGUGGAUGGGAAUUGUUUUAGGAGGUCUUUUGAACAGGUGUGAUGAAUCAACCGAAUCUUUUCUGCUUUAUCUUUGCACGUGUACACUUACAUUCUGAGUACAUUGUUUACACUUGCGAUAAAGUAGCAAAGAGAAUGUGUAGCAAGACUGUUUGUAUUAAGACUGUGUUCUAAGGCAGGCAGGUUUGUUUAUGAAAGAAAUACAGUGACUCAAUUUUGAAUCCUUUUGACGUUCCUGUCAACAGAACAUGUAGUCCUGCUCAGCUUGUUAUAUCCGGGGAGAUCUUGUUUUCAACUGUAUGUAACAUAACAUCAGAUUUUGGGGCGUAACGUUCUCGUGUGCCCUUCACUCACAGCUGGCCCCUCAUAGACGUCACAGCUGACUCCGCUAUAACCUGCGGUGUAUACGCCAGGCCACGCCCCCGCAUACAGAGACUUGCGUCAGGACACGCCUCCUCUCUAAGAACGCACGCCAAGCCACGCCUCUUAGCGGAACACAAUCUAGCCUCCUCCCCUUGCCUUUUAAAUAGUUGGAACAGUAGUGUAGGAGUUCAGUAGCGCUUUGUGUCGUUCUGGUUACGGGCCCGGAGUGGAAAACUACAGCAAUGACAAUCCAAACGGAGACGGGCGUCCCAGCUCCAGACUUGACCUACUCUAAAACAAGAGGACUAGUAGCUAAUCUCAGUGCCUUUAUGAAACAGAGAAAGAUGGGAUUGAAUGACUUUAUCCAGAAGCUUUCCACAAACUCUUAUGCAUGCAAGCAUCCUGAGGUUCAGUCCAUUUUGAACUUGACACCUCCACAAGAUGCUGAGCUGAUGAACAGCAACCCUUCGCCACCGCCAAGUCCUUCUCAACAGAUAAACCUCGGCCCUUCCUCCAACCCCACCGCCAAACCAUCAGACUUCGACUUCCUCAAGGUCAUCGGAAAAGGCAGCUUUGGAAAGGUUCUUCUGGCCCGCCACCGGAGCGAUGAGAAGUUCUAUGCAGUCAAGGUGCUGCAAAAGAAAGCCAUCUUGAAGAAGAAAGAGGAGAAACACAUCAUGUCUGAGCGCAACGUGUUACUGAAGAAUGUCAAGCAUCCUUUCUUGGUGGGCCUGCAUUACUCCUUUCAGACUGCUGAUAAACUCUACUUUGUACUGGACUACAUCAAUGGUGGAGAGCUGUUCUAUCAUUUGCAACGGGAGCGAUGCUUUCUGGAGCCGCGUGCGCGGUUCUAUGCAGCCGAGAUUGCGAGCGCCUUGGGGUACCUGCACUCACUGAACAUAGUGUACCGAGACUUGAAGCCUGAGAACAUUCUCUUGGAUUCUCAAGGACACAUCAUCCUGACCGACUUCGGCCUGUGCAAAGAGAACAUAGAACCCAAUGGAACGACAUCAACUUUCUGUGGAACACCAGAGUAUUUGGCACCAGAGGUGUUACACAAGCAGCCGUAUGACAGGACGGUGGACUGGUGGUGUUUGGGAGCAGUGCUGUAUGAAAUGUUAUAUGGCCUGCCUCCAUUCUACAGCCGUAACACAGCAGAAAUGUAUGAUAACAUUCUGAACAAGCCACUGCAGCUCAAACCCAACAUAUCUAACGCUGCCAGACACCUGCUGGAGGGCCUGCUGCAAAAAGACAGAACCAAGAGACUGGGCUUCACUGAUGACUUUACUGAGAUCAAGAACCACGUGUUCUUCUCUCCAAUAAACUGGGAUGAUCUAAAUGCAAAGAAGCUCACGCCACCCUUCAACCCCAACGUGACGGGGCCUAAUGACUUGCGGCACUUCGACCCCGAGUUCACUGACGAGCCGGUGCCAAAUUCAAUUGGCUGCUCCCCAGACAGCGCUCUAGCCACAGCCAGCAUCACUGAGGCGGCCGAGGCUUUCCUAGGCUUCUCUUAUGCCCCUGCCAUGGAUUCCUACCUGUAGCCCAUCGACGCAGAAACGCCAUCCCAUAGACUCUUACCUGUAGCUCAUUACCAUGGAAACGCUUUCCCAUGGAAUCACACCUGUAGUGCAUCACUAUGAGAAAAGCAAACCCUGUCUCAUUUCCCUGCCUCCAGUUGGGGGGCAUUUGCACAUGGCGUACGGCAGCUCAAAAGGCCUUUGUUAAAAGGCCUGAGUUUUACACAUUAAAAAAAGACUUGUCAUCUUCAUUGACUGCAUCCAAAUGCACGAUUUCUCCUCCGCUUUCACCCCGGGUUGUGUCAGAGAGACAGAUGGGGAAAAAGAGAGAGAGAAGAUUGAUGCUGAUGGACGAUUAUGUACUUUUCUUUUCUUGAGAUUUAUUUCCAGCUUCUUUACUUUUAUAGGAUUGUCAGUGCUAGACUUCAUUGUUUUGGAUGGAUUGGAUGUGUGUGUGCGUGUGUGUACGUGCCUUCGGUUUAACACCCCUUCACACAUGUUUGUUUAAUCUAAAUCAUGUGAUCUGGCACGUCAGUCUGUGUCGGAUAUAAAUACAGUCAACGUGACGCUAAAACCACUAAAAUAUGUCAGCAUCUGAUGUUUUUGUGAUCUUUGAGUUGCGCAUCUGGGAUCAAGUUGCACAUUUAUCUUCCUAAUUUAAAGAGCAGUUCCUUUUUUGUGUUUUUCUUGUUCUUUUGACUCAAGCGGAAGGUGCUAGAGGGAUGUGCUGCUAAUGUGUGUAGAUACGCAUUUGGACCAAGGAAUCAGACGCCUCUGUUUUACCUUAGUCUUCCAGCCUCCUAGGAUGUACAGUAAUCGUACAGCUCAGAAAUGGGCCAGUUUGUCUGAACAUCACAUUCCAUGGAAUAUGACUGUAUGGUUAUUUAAGUUUGUUUGUAUAUUUUAAGGUCUAUGUAUUAGUUUUAAUGUAUAUGGAACAAAAACUUAAGGUAUGCUUAUAUGUAACUAUAAAUGUACUGUAAAAUUGUAAAAUGUUUGAAUCAUGUGACCUUGUUUGGUUCGCAAUAAAACUUUAUGGAUAUUUUUCCCCAAAACAA